UGUCGACGUCUAAUCUAAUGAUUAAAAUUGGUAACAGAUACGUCGAAGUCGACAAACUUCCAACUUCGGCCGCUAUGUGACGCGUGAAGUGUAGUGAGAUCAGCUGUUUAUCUCUUGACUGAUAAGUGCAAGCGAAAAUUGAAUGAUUAAUCGCGUACAAAGAUGCUUCAGUUAUCAAAUUACUGUUUGUAAUGUGUAGGAGUUGCGAUUUUGAAGAAUGAAGUCUGAGAAUGUGGUUCAAAUAAGGUAUUGCUGCAUUUCUUAUAGGGAUGUAAUUUUGGUUUCUCAUCAGACAGAAGCUGAAAAUUAUACCCCAAUGGUCCAUUCAAUAUUGCGGACCUUAGAUAUCAGAGAAGACAGAAAGUUAGCAAGCCCAGUUGACAGAUUUCAGGUUCAUGUUUUAAUUGAAAGUGGCAUAGCAUACACGUGCGUGACUCAUUUAACCAACAAACAUUAUCUUCAAUUCUCAUUCCUGGAAACAAUGAAGGAGAAGUUUCUUGAGGUUCCUAGUUUACAUAUCAGGGCAGUUACUGCAAGUGAAAAUGAAUUUGAGAGAGACUUUUGCCCUGUCAUUGCUUCAGUAGUGGGUAGUAUUUUUCGUCAAGGAGCCCAUGAUGUUAGAGUAAAAAUGAGGUGCAAGAACCUUAAGAUGUGGUUUGUGAUUGGUGGAUUGCUGACAGUGGUGCUUACCUUUGCUAUUUUACUGGCUUGUGGUGUGAUACACUUAUGAGUUUUCAGUAUCUGCCGUGUGUAAGUAAUGUUUGAGUCAUAAUUCUUGCUGAAUUAAUCUUGGUGUGCAUUUUCCAUUUAGGAGUGAAGUGAAAAGGGAUAUGAUCUUCUCCAUGCAAAUAAUGGAGGCUAGAGGGCUGAGGACUUCAUAACUAUUAUUGUUGAAAAAUGUUUUACAGUUUUAUUCAUUUAAUUAAUGUAGCCAGAUUUUUAAAAUAAGAGUACAGGCAACUCUUGGUUUACAAACGAGUUCCAUUCCAAGACGUUGUUUGUUAUACGUUUUUGUUCGUUAUGUGUAUCUUGCAAUCCUGAGAUUUUAUGAUACGUAUCGUAUACGGUAGCAGC